AUGGCAGACGACACUACAGACGUUUCAGAACACACUCAAAUGGUUAUUGUUCUAAGAUACUUGGUAGGUGAAGAGGUUGUUGAGAGAUUUUGGGGAUUUUUCACUCCAGAAAAUCAAACAGCAGAUGGGUUAUCGAAAUGCAUCCUCGAUCAGUUAAACACAGUCCUUGAAGGGAAUGCAGAGAAACUGAUUGCUCAAACAUUCGAUGGUGCAACUGUUAUGAAAGGUAAGAAGGGUGGGGUUCAGGCUAAAAUCAAAUCAGUGUACAAUAACGCCCACUUCAUUCACUGUUAUGCCCACCAACUUAAUUUUAUAAUGCAAAAUGUUGCAAGUGUUACACGGGGUUCACGAAUAUUUUUCUCCAACCUUUCGGGCAUAGCAGCAUUUUUUUCAAGGUCGCCUCUACGUUUAAAUGUUCUUACAAAGCACAUGACUAGCCGCAUUCCACGCCCAUCUUCUACAAGGUGGAACUUUCAUAGUCGCACUGUCAAAAAGGUUUAUGAACAUUUUGAACCCUUAAAAAAAUGCAUGGAGGAAAUACAGAGUACAUCAAAUGCUACUAUAACCAUACGAGAAGCAACAGGUAUUUUGAACGCCCUGAAAGAUGAAAGUUUUAAGUUUUGGUUGGAGCUUUUCCACCAGAUAAUGCCUCACGUAGAAGUGUUUUUUCACCAAAUGCAGUGUAGAGACAUUGAUGUGACUAAAGCACAUGAGUUCAUUACAAACUUCAAAAGGGCCAUAUCUGAAAUAAGAAAUUCCAAAUACUGUGAAAAUCCCACAAAAACACUCAUGGCUGAAGCAAAAGAAGUGUGUGACUGUGUGUGUGCUGACAUAGCUGAGAGAUUUUCUUUCACUAAACAAUUAGUAGCUGCUAAACUGUUCAAUAAAGACUGUUUCACUAACUUCAAGCAAAAAGUUACUUUAGAAGAAGUUGAAGUAGCCACUGAAGCUUACCCAAUGAUUGCCAAAGAAAGACUUUUGACUGAACUUAGAGCAUUCUAUGACAGAUGUGAUUUGCAUGAGUUUUCCAAAUUGAGUGAACUAUUGAAGAUUGUGAAUGAAAAUAACUUAGGUGUACUCUGUGAAAUGACAAAACUUAUAAAAAUUCUUUUGACAAUUCCAAUGACUACAGCAGAGCCCGAACGUUGUUUUCCAACACUGAAGAGGGUCAAAACUUUCUUAAGGAGCACUAAGAAGCAGGAUAGGCUAAAUGCACUAGCUAUGAUUUCAAUAGAGAAGAUUUCUAUCAAUAAUAUGCAAGGUCUAAAUGAAAAAGUUAUUGAUCUGUUUGCACAAAACAAGAACAGGAGAAUGGACUUCCUUUUCAAAUAG